AUGCAAAGACCUACGCAAGAUAUGAUUAACUACGACCAAUUACUAGAACAAUGUCAAAAAGAAUUGUGUGUGGUAAAAAUAGUGAAACCCUAUAAUUUAGAUAAAAUUUGUUGUUUAACACUAUUACUUGCUUAUUAUUAUAAAAAGAUAAAAGAUUAUGAUAGUUCAUUAAAAUAUUACAAACAAUCUAUAAAAUUAAUUUCUUUAACAACAAAUGAUAGUAAUGAAUCUGCCAGUAUACAUCAUACAAUUGGUCUAAUAUAUUAUAUUAAUAAACAACAAUAUAAUUUAGCUGUUAAACAUUUCAAAAAGGAACUCGAUACAUAUGAAUUAAAUCUUAAUGAUAAUAAACGUCAGUUGGGUAAUUUAUACAAUUUGAUUGGCUCUUGUUAUUUAAAGCAGAAUAAAUAUACUCAAGCAUUACAAUAUUAUGAAGGCUGUUUAUGCUUGUAUACACAAUGUUCAUCAUCAUCCAGUUAG